GUUGACUGGUUAAAGAAUGAGGAAACCAUAGACCCGGCUCAGGACUCUAACCUCCUGAUGACUGUAGAUCAUGACCUCAUUAUUAAACAGGCCCGUCUCUCUGACACUGCCAACUACACCUGUGUGGCCCGCAACCAGGUUGCGAAGAGACGCAGUAGUACCGCCUCGCUUAUUGUCUAUGUGAGUGGGGGCUGGUCUUCGUGGACUGGGUGGUCGGUGUGUAACGCUCGGUGUGGGCGGGGCUGGCAGAGACGGACACGCAGCUGCACCAAUCCCGCCCCUCUAAACGGGGGAGCCUUCUGCGAGGGCCCGCCUUUCCAGAGAGUUACAUGCACCACUCUAUGUCCAGUGGACGGAGGCUGGACAGAGUGGACCAAGUGGUCAGUGUGCGGGACAGAAUGUACCCAUUGGACGAGCAGGGAGUGUCAGGCCCCCCCGCCCCGAAACGGAGGACGCCACUGUAGUGGUAGCAUGAUGGAGAGCAAGAACUGCACCGACGGACUCUGUACACGCAGUACCGAUGAAAGAUGUUCACUCAACUUUCUGUUCUUCUGA